UUCAAACAUCAGCCAAUACAAAAAACAAAAAAACUUAUGUUUUUGAUCUUUCUUCUGCAAGAAAGUACAAAAAACCGACGUAUUUCGUCAUCAAAUGGACUCUCAAUAAUUGUCUGUACUAUCAUUCAGAGCACCACAACCACAAAGCUGCAGAAGAAGUAAGGCCCUGAAAUGGAUGACCUUGACCCAACAGAGGCAGAGAAAGAUAAACCUAGACAGGAGCACGACGAUGAAGAAGAAGACACAAAAGGAGUAGCUAUUGCAGAUUCUGCAACAGAACCUGAAGGCAAAGGCACGUGGAAGCACGCAGCUUUUCACGUUGCCACAACCAUCGCUACCCCUGCUGCUUAUGCUCCUUUACCUUUUGCUCUUGCUUCUCUCGGUUGGCCUCUCGGGGUGAGUAGUUUGGUGGGUGCAACACUGGCUACGUGGUAUUCCAGUCUAUUGAUUGCGUCGUUGUGGAGAUGGAAUGGAAAGAAGCAGAUUACAUACAGGCAUCUUGCAGGGAGCAUCUUUGGAUUCUGGGGUUACUGGUCUAUUGCAUUUUUUCAGCAGGUGGCUUCUUUAGGCAAUAACAUUGCCAUCCAAAUUGCUGCUGGAAGCAGUCUUAAGGCAGUGUACAAAUACUUUCACAAGGAAGGCACACUAACUUUGCAGCACUUCAUUAUUUUCUUUGGGACAUUUGAACUUUUCCUUUCUCAGCUACCUAAUAUCCACUCACUGAGAUGGGUAAAUGCAUUAUGCACGUUAAGCACAAUUGGCUUUGCUGGUACUACUAUUGGUGUGACAAUAUAUAAUGGAGGAAAGAUAGAUAGGAAUUCAGUCAGUUACAGUUUGCAGGGGAGCUCCCCUCUCAAGACAUUUAAAGCCUUCAAUGCUCUGGGCGCAAUUGCCUUUUCAUUUGGGGAUGCAAUGCUUCCAGAAAUACAGAAUACUGUGAGGGAGCCUGCAAAAAAGAACACAUAUAAAGGUGUAUCAGCAGCAUAUGGAGUUAUUAUCUUGACUUACUGGCAACUGGCAUUCUGUGGAUAUUGGGCAUUUGGAUCAGAAGUCCAGCCUUACAUUGUGGCAUCUCUAACUCACCCAGAAUGGACAAUUGUUAUGGCAAAUAUCUUUGCUGUUAUUCAGAUAUCAGGAUGCUAUCAGAUAUAUUGCAGACCUACAUAUGCCUACUUCGAGGACAAGAUGCUGUGGAGAAAAACUGCUGAGCACAUCCCUGUCAAUUACUGCCUAAUUCGUCUUGUUUUUACCUCCAUUUACAUUGUGUUGAUCACACUUAUUGCUGCAGCAAUGCCUUUUUUUGGCGACUUUGUGUCUAUAUGUGGGGCAACUGGGUUCACACCUCUGGAUUUUGUCUUCCCUGCUAUUAUGUAUCUGAAAUCUGGAAAAAUGCCCAAGAGCACAAACUUUAAAGUGCCAAUGCAGCUUCUUAAUUUUGCAAUAGCUAUGUGGUUUUCAGUUGUGGCAUUACUGGGUUGCAUUGGUGCUGUCCGAUUUAUUGUUGAAGAUAUCAGGACGUACAAGUUUUUUCACGAUAUGUAAGAAGUUUAGAUUAUUGUAUUCAGGUUACCAUAUUGCCAUGUCUUCCACGUUGCAAUGAAACCUGAAGAUUGAUCAAAGGGCUAGUUACAGAUAGUUACCAUGCGAAGCUGUGGAUUGCCUGCUUUACCUUUUGCAUUUGCCAGCUAAAAUCACUGUCAUCUACUGUCCAAGUGCACAAUAGGUACAGCAGCUUAUAAUUUAUUUGUGUAUUGAAUUGGGAGCUUGAGCUCUUAAUGGACAAUUUCAUAUUUGAGAAGGAGAGAUUUCAGGCAUGGAACUAAAGCUGCUCUUACCAAUAGAGAAUAUCUAUUUUUGCCAGUUUUGUAUUAAGGGAGUGUUUUUACUAAAAGCAGGCAACUAGCCAGAUUUUUUCUUUUUUCUAAAA